ACAAUUCAGUUUGUAACGACAAUCCGUUCUUGAAUCGUGAAGUAAAUAAGUUAUAAAAUGAAUUUGGAUUUUAUUUUUAUUAACACAUUUCUCCUUUCUGUAUGUGUUUAUGUUACAUUAGGGGCUGACAGUUGGACUUGCACAGCAAAUACAGAUUCCAAUGAGUCCACGUCUACCUGUAAAAAUCUGGAGAAAAGGUUCAAAACACUGGAGAUACAAAUGAAGCAAGUCCAAAAGUUGUUGCAAACAAAUGGGACAAAUACAUACACAACGAUUGACGGAAUUCCUAAAGACUGCGAAGCAAUCUAUGAAAAUGGACCACGAACAGAUGGUAUGUACAUGAUCUCGCCUGACGGAAGAUGUCCUUUUCUUGUUUACUGUGACAUGAAGAAUGGUGGCUGGACUGUAAUACAACGGCGUAUUGAUGGUCGUGUCAGCUUCUACAGACCAUGGGAUGGUUACGUCUCUGGGUUUGGUGAUCUUGACGGGUCGUUUUGGCUUGGCUUAGAGAAAAUCCAUCGCCUAACAAGAGACGGAAGUCAAAUCUAUUUUGAUAUGGAAAACUAUGACGGUUCAAGAGAUUAUGCCCAUUACAAUGUGUUCACCGUUCACGAAGCAGCGACUGCAUAUAGAAUGAAUGUGGAUGCCUUUGGAUACAGGGGUUCUAUCAGGGAGCUCCUAAGUUACCAUAACAACCAAAAAUUUUCUACCUAUGAUAGAGAUAAUGACGCAAACACCAAUGGUAAUUGUGUUAUAAGCCAUGGAAGAGGUGGAUGGUGGUACAACACUUGCUACAUGCUUGGCAACUUGAACGGAAUUUACGGGAAAAGGGAGGUUGGAGGUGUUGGUUAUUACGACGGUGAUCAUUUACAGAUUAAGAAUGUUGAAAUGAAAGUGAAAGCUAUGCACGGUGUUUGUUAGUUACAUGCCAUUUUAUUCAACAGUUUUAUUGCACUUCAUGUAUGUAUUUAAUGUGGGGGCAUAUUAAUUCCGAGUUUGUCCAUACAUUAUUAUAAUCAUUACAAGAACAGCUACGAAUCUAUCUAAAGAAAGUAAUUUAUUCUUUUUCUCUCUGUGUCCAAUUUUUAUAAUACUUCUCUAACAUUAACUAUAUAAUAUAUAAUUGUUUAUAUCAAAAUGA